AUGGACAUCGCGUCCAACAACAAACGGGCGGCCGCGUUGCUUACCCCCGAUUUCUCCCAUGUCUUCUUCACGAACUGCGCCGCGCAUGUGUUGGACCUCAUGUUGCACGACUUUGGGAAGAUUCGGGCGGUGCAACGCGUCCUAGCCCAGGUUCACCGCGUGGUUAUGAUGGUGAAGGGGAGCGCCUCCGUCGUCGUGCUUUUCCGGGAGCUCUUCACCAAGUUGUCGUUGGCGCUUCGGGCGAUGGUGAUUAGUGACGAGUGGGAGGAGGUGGCGGUGGCAUGGACGGAGGAGGGGAAAGCGGUCCGCACACUCCUAUUGGAUGAUGUGUUUUGGGACUGCGCCAUUGCAGUCCAUCGCCUCAUGACUCCGGUCUACGAGGUGCUUCGGGCUGUUGACAAACGCACUCUAGUGAUGGGGCAGAUAUAUGGCCGCAUGCUAGAGAUGACAGUCCAAACGAGCGAGGCUGCUGUGGCGGCAGCGUCAAUGUUCGUCAAACACACAGGCCUGCUGGCGGCAAAGGACAAGCCGUCCUUCAUGGACUUCAUCAGGGCAAUCGUGGCCAAGAGAUGGGAUGGCCAGCUACACAAUCCGUUGCAUGCCAUGGGGUGGCUUCUCAACCCCCGCAACCAGUACGUGGGGGAGGUGAGAAACGACAAAGAGCCAGUCACCUCAUCCGAGGUGGAGCGGUACUGGUCCGCCCUUGCUCGUGUGCAAAGGCGGGACCGGAACUGCUUGGCCGCCACCAAGAUGACCGACGUCACCUAUGUUGCCUUCACGAGGAGGGCUCGGGACGCCUUUGAUCGGAGGCAGGGUGUGCGUGAGAAGCUGUACCGUGACCUGAGCAACGGCACCCUCAAGGAGGGCUGCACCAUCACCCCGGUCUCAGCUGAAGCGUCAGAAGAGGGGGCUGGAGUAGUGGAGGAAGAGGAGGAAGGGUCUACUACCAUCAACUGGGUGGAGGAAGAGGAGGAGGAGGCGGCAGACUGCAGUGGGGGGGAGGAGAAUGAGACGGGCAAGAAGACCCGUGAUGGCAGCGAUCCUAGGGAUCUCAGCGAUGGUGAUAGUAGGGAGGAGGAGGAGGAGGAGGAGGAGGAGGAGGAGGAGGAGGAGGAGGAGAGGGCGGAAGAAGAGGAUGAAUAG